AUAUGAAGUAGAAAUUUGACCGUUGCUUCUCCACCGCCUUUUUAUACACGAACCAGCAAAAAGGACCCCCACAAUUACAGACUCAUUGCGCUUCAAUUUCAAUAGCCGUUCACGAAUUGAAGGAAGAGUGGGGGAAAAAAAAAAUAGAUAUUCAAAUUUUGUUGUAGAAUAAUCGGGAAGAUUACCAAGAAAUUUUCACGUGAAGAGCAAGAAAAUUCAGAAAAUUUCAUCUAGCGCGAAGCAAACAUGGCAACCCCAGCUCAUCGCCUGAUCCAAGAUCAGAACCUAAAUAUCCUCUACAAUGGCUCAACUCCUGGUGUAAAAGCUGAUGUGACGAAAGCAGAUAAGAGAGGAGGAGGCCUCGGUGGAAGGAAAGCUCUCAACGACAUAUCAAACUCAAGAAAGCCUUCUAUGGUUCACUCCGUUAGAAAAGACAACAAUCCUACGAAUGUCAUUUCUAUUGACAAAGAUUCUUUCGACGGUAAAGCCAAAUUAUCGAAGGCAGCUGAGAAAGGAAAAGCUGGUGGUAGGAAAGCACUCCGUGACCUUACAAACUCGGUUAAGCCGCCACCAAAGCUGGCGCCGAGUGUGGGCAGAAAGCUGAAUGCUGUAGCAGAAGAAAAGUUUCCCGGUUCUGUGGUGGAGGAGAGGUUUCUGCACAAUCACCGUGAGUGCGUUGCAGCUCAGGCGAAAGCUGUGGACAUGGACUAUUUUCUGAUGUCCGUAGGACUAAGUAAUGAUAUUCCUGUGAAGUUAUCGGGUAGAAAGGCACUUCAGUUAUCCUCGAAGAAGGCUGAGAGUAAGAUGAAGCAUUUGGAAAUGGAAGAGAUCUCGGCAGAGCAUCUUUGUGGAGAUGAAGUUGUUCGGUUCAAGAAAUCGGAGCUUUCGCCUGCAUGUCGAUCUCCAAAGUCACCGCGGGCCCCGUAUACGAACUGGGAGGAUGACGAAUUGUCUGAAUUGAUGGUGAUUCAGACACCUUAGCUUUUACGUUGAUUCGAUGACAGAGGGACAGGAUUAUCUGAUGAUAUAAUCUAUACUGUCUGCGUUAUUUUUCGUAUAGAGAAAGCAGAUCUUCUCAUGAUCUGAUAAACUCUACUAUGCUAGUUUGGUUCUUUAUAUAUAUAACUCAUUGUAGGUGAUAAUAUGUUUAGAGCAGGGUGGAUAAUCUGCACUUAACCUACGUUUUUCUUAGUAGAUAAAUCUUGCAUUCUACAUUUAUUUUGCAAAUUAUUGUCCUUGCACAUGAA